CAAGCCUUGAUCGCUCAUUUCGAUGAUAUGUGUAGAGUGCGGACAAGUGGUGAAAAGCCUCUUCCGAGAGUAUUCGCGUGGCAAUAUCCGCCUCACUCAUUGCCAGAACUGUGGCGCUAUAGCUGAUAAAUAUAUCGAGUUAGAGAUACAACUGGUGUUCGUCGACCUGAUACUGCACAGGAGUCAGGCUUAUCGGCACAUACUUUUUAACCGGGGGACUAUUCGGGUUCACAAGGAGGUAUACAAGUUUCUCACGGUUAUGUUUGCCUUGGACUCGUUCGAUCAGUGGUUCCUCUGCGGUCGAAGUAAAGAGGCCGAUUAUCUUGAGAGUCAUCCCGUCGGUUCUGAAAGGUAUCCUUGGGAGGAGUUUGCAAGGUGGCUCCAACCUCACGAGCAUCAAUGGAUGUUACUCAUAGAAGCAGUUAUGGAAACCGUUGUGUAUCUGGCAGUCAUCUGUUGGUUAACCAGACUCUACGUCACGCUCCUGCAGGAUAGGAAGAUCCCCGACCCGUCGAAGCCUUCGCAAUAUGACAUUAUGGAAUUGGUAUUCUACUGUGGAUGAUAUGGGAUGCCAGCCGCUUGAUCCGAAAGGCCAUAUCAGUGUUCACCCUAACUUCGAAUAUAGUUGCUGUGCGAGUCUUCUUACGUUGCGAUAGUUACACACCACCUGUCACCAUUGUCGGGCUAGCGUUCGUUGCGAGGGCACUCUUCAGAUGUGCCAUGUCUACUCUGGAGCCCACAUUGGAGUUUAGUAUCAUAUAGUACGUUUGUGCACUGUGAACAUUGAUUUUUCCUCUUUGG